GCGGGCGGCGGCGGCGGCGGGAUGGAGGGGGCGCGCGCGGGCCGGACGGCGGGGCUGGCGCGCGCCGUACUGGAGCGGGCGCUGGGGCGGCGGCGGCGAUGGCCGGCGGGACGGCUCUCGGCCUCGGCCUCGGCCCCGGCCCCGGAAGAAGAUUCAGAACGUCUCAGUGCAGCAUUUGCUUCAAUUGUGAACUUGAUGAAUCAAGCCACAAAGGAAUGUGAGAAGUACUAUAGCUUCACGGCAGCCUGUAGAUGCAAAGAGCAUGAAAUCAAACACAUCUGCAGAUACCAUGGCAGGCAAGCAGGGGAAAGAGAGCUGGAGUCCUCUGAAGAAGAGACAACUGAAGCCUCUGUGGCACCCAGUCAAGCUCAAACUUGCCAGCAACGUACCAGACAAGCUUCCAAAGACAUCUACAUUGAAGUUUCUCCUGGCAUCUAUUCUGUCACAGCAACCUCGGAAGACAUGGUGCAGCAAACCCACGUGGUGGAUGUCAACGCAGGACAAAGUGUUGAUUUAACUUUUUUUCUAUGAUGUUUGUUAUUUUUUGGCAAUCACAGGAAUAAAAUACAAGGCUGUUUUAAUGCA